UGCGCAAAGCCUCUUCUCGCGCGAACGCGCAGCCAUCAACUCGAGUAUCCCCGCAGCCCCAGGGAUGCGAGGUCCGCCGUAAACCAGCCUCCGUUCCUUUCGUGGAACGACGGGCGUCGCCUGUACCUCCGGACUCCUACUCCACACCGCCCCUCUCGCAUUCCUCGGGAUCGAGUGCACACGGGUGCGCGCCCGGCCUCAAAAGAGAAACCUCAAAGAAACAGACCGAGGAAAGCGCCCAGGGGAAGGAACCCCGGCGCGCGGGCCGCGAAGCCUCAGCCACAGCUCCGCCCUCCGGGGCCGGCUUUCUGCCUCCGCAUUGGUCCGCGCGCCCGUCAGUUUCCGCCCCAGGCCGCGCCAGCCGGCCUUCCGACUCCCUUGCUCAUUACGCCGCCGUACUUAGGCUGCCUUGCCGGCUGUUGGCCGCCCAUGCCAGUCUGAGCCUGAGCUAGCGCCAGCUCCGCGAAGCUCGGGAAGGGGAGGGCCGGACUCGGCCGCAGCUGAGCAUCGCCUGGGUGGGCGGCAGGGCCGCGGCCUCUCCGCCGGCAGCACCACCUGUCGCGGGGCGAGACUUAGGACCCAUGAAAAACGUGUCCCAGAUGAACACCAAUUCAGAGACCAUUUGGGAAUGCCUGGGUGACACCACUGAUUGCAAAAUGGUGAUGAGCCGAGUCCAGAUUCAGACUUGGGUCUGACUACAAAACUUGUCCUCGUUGCCCCCAGUCAUGACCUCUGUCUAAUUUCGGUCUCCUUUGCAUUGCUUCCUUUGACCCCAAGUAAGAGGCUAAGGUGAAAGGAAAGAUGUUGUCCCGGAUCAGAGUAGUUGCUGCUCCUUGUACUCUGGCAUGUCGUCAUUUGCACAUAAAAGAGAAAGGCAAGCCACUCAUGUUGAACCCAAGAACAAACAAGGGAAUGGCGUUUACGUUACAAGAACGACAAAUGCUUGGUCUCCAAGGACUUCUACCUCCCAAAAUAGAGACACAAGAUAUUCAAGCUUUACGAUUUCAUAAAAACGUGAAAAAAUUGAAUAGUCCUUUGGAAAAAUACAUCUACAUAAUGGGAAUACAGGAAAGAAAUGAAAAAUUGUUUUAUAGAAUUCUGCAAGAUGAUAUCGAAAGUCUGAUGCCAAUUGUAUACACACCAACAGUCGGUCUUGCCUGCUCCCAAUAUGGACAUAUCUUUAGAAGACCUAAGGGAUUAUUUAUUUCAAUCUCAGACAGAGGUCAUGUUAGAUCAAUUGUGGAUAACUGGCCAGAAAAUCAUGUUAAGGCCGUUGUGGUGACUGAUGGAGAGAGAAUUCUGGGUCUUGGAGAUCUGGGUGUGUAUGGAAUGGGGAUCCCAGUAGGAAAACUCUGUUUGUAUACAGCUUGUGCUGGAAUACGGCCUGAUAGAUGCCUGCCUGUGUGUAUUGAUGUAGGAACUGAUAAUCCAGCACUCUUAAAAGAUCCGUUUUACAUGGGCUUAUAUCAGAAAAGAGAUCGAUCACAGCGCUAUGAUGACCUGAUUGAUGAGUUUAUGAAAGCCAUUACUGACAGAUAUGGACAGAACACACUUAUUCAGUUUGAAGACUUUGGAAAUCAUAAUGCAUUCAGAUUCUUGAGAAAAUAUCGAGAAAAGUAUUGCACCUUCAAUGAUGAUAUUCAAGGGACGGCUGCAGUAGCUUUAGCAGGUCUUCUCGCAGCACAAAAAGUUAUUGGGAAGUCGUUCUCAGAACACAAAAUCUUAUUUCUUGGAGCAGGAGAGGCUGCUCUUGGAAUUGCAAAUCUCAUCGUUAUGGCCAUGGUAGAAAAUGGCCUCUCAGAAGAAGAGGCACAAAAGAAAAUUUGGAUGGUUGACAAGUUUGGUUUAUUAUUUAAGGGACGAAAAGCUAAAAUCGAGAGUCAUCAGGAGCCCUUUGCUCACUCAGCCCCAGAGCAUAUACCUGAUACUUUUGAAGAUGCAGUAAACAUACUCAAGCCUUCAGCUAUAAUUGGAGUUGCAGGAGCUGGCCGGCUUUUCACCCCUGAUGUAAUCAAAGCCAUGGCUGAUAUCAACGAAAGGCCUGUAAUAUUUGCAUUGAGCAAUCCUACAGCAAAGGCUGAAUGCACAGCUGAAGAAGCAUAUACACUUACAGAGGGAAGGUGUUUGUUUGCCAGUGGCAGUCCAUUUGAGCCAGUGAAACUCAAUGACGGGCAAGUAUUUACACCAGGCCAAGGAAACAAUGUAUAUAUUUUUCCAGGUGUGGCUUUAGCUGUUAUUCUCUGUAAUACCCGGCAUAUUAGUGACCAUGUUUUCCUAGAAGCUGCAAAGGCACUGGCAAAUCAAUUGACAGAUAAAGAGCUAGCUCAAGGGAGACUUUACCCACCACUUGCUGAUAUUCAGGAAGUUUCUAUUAACAUUGCUAUUAAAGUUACAGAAUACCUGUAUGCUAACAAAAUGGCUUUUCGAUACCCAGAACCUGAGGACAAGGCCAAGUACAUUAGAGAAAGAAUAUGGCGAAGUGAAUAUGAUUCGUUGCUGCCAGAUGUUUAUGAUUGGCCAGAAUCUGCAUUAAGCCCUCCCCUGAUAACAGAAUAGAAGCAUACCCACUGAGAAAUACUUUCCAUGCUUCAGGGAACCCGUUUUUUUUUCAGACAAAAAGAGAGAAUGUUCUCAAAUUUAUGGUUUUUUCCUGUGUUUUAUUCUCCCCCACCGCUUUGCUUGACUUAUUCUUUUCAUGAAUUUAUACUUCUGUAGAGGGUAGAUGUGUUGGCUAUAUUCUUAAUGCCCACCAGGACCCUGCAAUCAAAUAACCAUAGUGCUUCCAUUCUGAUUUGUAGCUCAUACCACAUCAAAGAGAUGUUCCAAAUGUAUUUAUCAAUGUCUUCACUUGUGCUCUUAUUCCUGCUUGCCAAAGUAUUCGCUAUUUACUAUUAUAGUAAUGAUCUUCUCUCCCCAGCCCUAGAAUCAAAAUUUACUUCUGUGGAUAGGAGUAUAGAAUUUUAAGAAGCCAAAUUUAACCAAGUUCUGAGGACAAACUGUCAGUAUCUGCAAGUCUUCUUUUUGUCUGCCUCAUUUUAUCUUUAUGCUCUGAAAUCCCUUUCGAGUUGAUAAAUCUAGAGAAAUGUGAAAAAUCUACCCUGUUAUUUAUUUUCUGGACCUAAUUUGAAGCUUUAGCAUCAUGAGAGAGAAGUGGGAAGUAUUGCUGCCUUUAGACAAAUAAACAAAAUAGUCAUUGUUUUCAAUAGUGUAUAAAAAUCAUAGUGUAACUUUUUUAUUUAAUAAAGGUAAUACCCUAAAUUUAA